GCUCCAUCUAACUAACUACGUAUAUAGCUCAGCUUCCCUCCCGCUCAUCCCCGCCUGAAAUUCUCUUCUCAGUUGUAACUUGUAACUCUUCAACGUUUACCCCUUUUCCAUCAUGGUUGCGUCGGACAUUCCCCCACUCCAAUUUACUUCUAUUGAAGAUAUCCAGGAGCGCGCCUCGAGACUGCGCAAGUCGUUUCUAGAGCACAAGACGCGCGAUGUCGAAUUUCGUUUGAAGCAGCUUCGCAAGCUCUACUGGGCUAUCAAGGACCAUGAGGAGCAGAUCGUCGAGGCCUUGGCCCAGGAUCUGGGCAGGCCACGUUUCGAGUCCGAAGUCUCCGAGUCUUUAUGGAUGGAGAACGACAUCGUGUUUGUGAGCCGGAAUCUUCACAAGUGGGUUAAGGAUGAGAAGGCCGAGGAUAUCGACUUCAACUACAAACUUAUGAACCCUAAGAUCCGUAAAGACCCGCUGGGUUGUGUUCUGGUUAUUGGUGCAUUCAACUUCCCCUUUCAGUUGACUCUUGGACCGGUCAUUGGCGCUAUUGCUGCUGGCAAUACUGUGAGCGCUGCCGUCAUGCAGCAGAUUGUGGAGGCCUCUCUCGACCCUUCAUGCUACACAAUGGUUCAAGGUGGACCCACAGAGGUCCAGGCCUUGCUUGCUGAGCGAUGGGACAAGAUCUUCUUUACCGGAGGCGCCAACGUUGGUCGUAUCAUCGCCAAAGCAGCCGCUCCUCAUCUGACUCCGGUUGUGCUGGAACUGGGAGGUAUUAACCCCGCCAUCAUCACCAGGAAUGCCAACCCUCGACUGGUCGCGCGCCGUAUGCUGUGGGGUAAAACGCUGAAUGCGGGCCAGAUUUGCACAUCGCAGAACUACCUCUUGGUCGACAGAGCCAUCUUGCCCGCCGUGGUUGAGGAGUUCAAGAAGGCCUACAAGGAAUUCUACCCCAAGGGCGCUAAAGCAUCGCCUGAUUACUCUCGCAUCAUCAACGAGGGUGCCUUCCGUAAACUCAAGUCCAUGAUCGAUAACUCCAAGGGGAAGAUCCUCAUGGGAGGAACCAUGGACGAGAACGAAAGGUUCAUCGAACCGACCCUUGUCCAGGUCGAUUCGCCCGACGACUCUCUCAUCAUCCAGGAGAGCUUUGGCCCAUUGAUGCCCAUCCUUCCCGUCGACAACCUCGAGGAGGCGGUCAAUAUCGCCAACAGCAUCCAGAGCACUCCCCUGGGUGUAUACCCCUUCGGUAACAAGGCUGAUACCGACAAGAUUCUUUCCAUGACUCGCUCGGGCGGAGCUGCCGUCAACGAUGCCGCCCUGCACAUCCCAACGCUUCCCUUCGGUGGUGUCGGUGAGAGUGGCAACGGCGCCUACAGAGGAAAAGCCAGUUUCGACGUCUUCGUGCACCGCCGCCCCAUCACCACCAGCCCCGGCUGGCUCGAGGCGAUCCUUUCCAUCCGUUACCCCCCGUAUGCCGGCAAACUGAGCAAGUUCAAGGUCGCCAGUACCAUGGUGCCCGAUUUCGAUCGCGACGGCAAUCAGCUCCGGUUCGGCUGGCUGCGUACCAUCCUCACUCUCGGCGGGGGAACCGCGAAGGCUGGUGCCGGCAGGGCCGCAGUUGUUGCAGCCGGUGAGUAAAUUCUCUUAUCUUGUCUUCCCACAACCCUCUCCGCCGCCUGUGAAGUAUAUCGUUGUUCCCGACUUCUCACUUCUCCGCGUUACUCGGCAGACCGAGAGUGAUCUCUCCCCGACCCCGCCCUUCACACCUUCAAAGCGCUCUCGAGGAGUCUUCCUCCUGUCAUUCACUCGCUCUACUACAUUUCCAUGCCUCAUAUUUCCUUUCUGCUUUUUGUUCAGUUCUUGGUGAUUUCUGGAUACCCGGCGGCUUGGAGAUACCCUUACAUUCGACAUAUACGGAUAAUGAUCUAAUCAUCUAAUAUCUAUAAUCUUGAUUUAAUGCAUCUACUUACGUCUCUGAAUAUCUAGUGGCCUACAUUGUACUACAAAUUCUCGAACGUCGAUCAUCGAAACUCUAAGAUGGUGUGACGGAUGUGUCUUUUUCUUUUCUUGGUUGCAAAUCGCUACUCC